GGCGUCCACUUGAACCAAUCUUGGCAAUCGCCAAUCUGGCAAUCUGCAGCUCCCUCGUCGGCUUGUACGCUCCAGCCCUCCCAGAUUUGCCUCGACGUGCCGUGCCCUGCGACGGCGAAGGACGGCUGGCGCUCGCUCGCCACGCGCGAUGUACGGGCUUCCUUCAGCCGCGCGACCGCCGCUACCGUCUCACUGCGCCUGCUUCUUCUCUUCUUCCUCCGUUGCUCAGGCGAAGGCAGCGUCGGCAUGCUGCGCCAGCCUAAGGCAGGCGCGUCCAGGCCCAGGCCGAAGUGCUGCCCCCUCCGCCGUCGCUGUGCACCAGGCCGCGCCGCUCUUGGCUGCGGCACUCCUCCUUGUAGCUGCACCCCUUGGCCUGCCUGCUGCUAUCUCACCAGCAUUUGCGCAACCAGUUUCAGAAGGCGCAGCGCUGUUCCGGAAGGCCUGUAUCGGUUGCCAUGACAUGGGAGGAAACAUCCUACAGCCAGGAGCCACUCUUUUCCUGAAGGAUCUCGAGAGAAAUGGAGUUGCCACGGAGGAGGAAUUGUAUAACAUCACAUACUAUGGGAAAGGAAGAAUGCCUGGUUUUGGAGAGAAAUGCACCCCAAGAGGACAGUGCACCUUCGGCCCCCGGCUAUCGGAAGAUGACAUCAAGCUCCUAGCUUCGUUUGUCAAGUCGCAAGCUGAGAACGGGUGGCCAAAGAUCGAGGGCGAUGAAGAUUGAUUAACUGACAAACGACGAGAAGAUGGUGCUUGUUAGUAAGAUGAAAAUGGCGACGAGAAGAUAGUGUUUGUGUUGUUUAGGAAUUAUUAGGACUUUCUGAACUUGUAACCUUCUUGUUUCUGUUUCUGAACUGAGGCCUUGUUUAGUUCACCCUGAAAACCAAAAAGUUUUCAAGAUUCUCCGUCA